UUGAGUGGAGGGCAUGCAAGGUAGCACUACUAUGAUCAGCAUGCCAGUCCCAGUUCAGCAGCUCAAUUUUUUUAUCGUCAGAAAUAUGACCGCCUUAUCUUUAUCAGGAUGGCAGUAAUGCUUGUGUUGUGGAUUUUGUUGUUCACACUGAUCCACCUCGUGCAUGGGCAAACAUUGCUGGCCGCGCAAAAUGCUGCAUUAGCACUGACGGCCAGUUUACCGAGGGUGAACGAACAACUGGACAUCGUCUUUGUCUUGGAUCACUCCGGAAGCGUUGGUCAGCAGAACUACGGUAGAGUCGUAACGUUUGUUAAAGCCGUACUCGGCCGCUUCAGCGUUUAUCCUGACGAAACACGGGUGGCGGUCAUAUCGUACGGUUGGUCUGCGACGGUUGACUUUGACAAUCUGCGGUCGUCCUCGAAGGACAACAACAAGUGCGAACUGUUUACGACACAUCUGACCAAACUAACCUACAGAGGAGGGUACACGAACACGAGAGACGGUUUGAGAAAGGCUAGAGAACUUUUUCUCCAGGCCGGUGUUCGUCAAUCAUCGACAAAAGUUGUAUUUACCGUGACGGACGGCUACUGGAAUGUUGGAGGCGAUCCCAUAUGCGAAGUACGAAGCCUGCAGCACAUGGGUGUGUUGAUGUUCGCUUUCGGCAUUGGUAGCUGGGGCAUCGACAGCUACAAACUCAGAGGACUGGGAAAUAAAGACAGCGGUGGAAACAAGUACGUGUACCUGGUCCUCGACUUCCGCGCUCUAUCUGAAGUAGCAAGGAGGCUGAGAGGAGACUUCAACACAAAUCUCUACUUGCCGGCACCGCUCAGUAAAUGUGUGGGAUGUCACUCCUCAUCACACGUUUGCCUGUGUGGAACGUACAGUGGACAGUACACCUGUGGCUGUAAUCCUGGCUAUUUCUGCAGUAACUGGGCAGUCAUCAAAUGCCCUCGCAACACCUACAAGGACCAUGUCUCCCCUGGACCUUGUACUCCGUGUCCUCUCAAUUCUGGCACACUGAAGACCGGGUCCACCUCCAGAUCAGAUUGUUUCUGUAAUACUGGAUAUUACCAAGUUGGGACACCUAUUGAGUAUUGCAACAAGGUGACCUGCAAGCCGCCGAUGUAUGACCCAACUGCCGUGCGCGUAGCAAGUGGUUGUGCGACACCUAGCGAAUACAACAGUCAAUGCAGCUUGACUUGCAAGACAGGAUACAACAAGAAAGGCGGAAGUGCCCUAUUGACUUGCAAAAGCAGCGGCAGUUGGGACCAGCCAGUGCUGACAUGCGAGAAAACAGAGUGUCCCCGACUUGCUGCACCGCCAUUCGGUAGUAUUGUGGGUUCCUGUAGCAAGCUGUUUGGAGACGUGUGCACUUUCCAGUGCAGCGACGGCUAUAGGAUGUCCGGGUCCAGCGCCACAACUUGCACGUCUGCCGGAAGGUGGUCACACGCCACUCCAACUUGCAAGAAGCUCUUUUGCUCUGCUAAUGAGAUCUGGUCGCCUCCUAAUGGAGUUCGUCAAGGCUGUGACGAUCCUCACGUGGCCGUCGGGUUCUCGUGUUCUACAACGUGUAACACCGGCUACAAACCAGUGGGAACAAUCACCUUCACCUGCCUGGCCAACAACGGCGUGGCAAAGUGGGAUGCACACCCUAAAGCGUGCGAUGUGGAUAUGUGCACGCCAUUGACUGACCCGCAGUACGGUAAAGUUGGACCUGCUUUGUGCAAAACAUCGCCUGAGUACAACACCAUCUGUACAUACACGUGUGGCAAUGACUUCUCUCUACAAGGGCCUUCAUCGGUGACAUGUCUGCCCGGAGGGACGUGGUCUUCUCCAGACCCUGUUAUCUGCAAAGACGAGUUGAAGCCAGUGAUUGAGUGUCCUGACGACACCACUGUAACAGCCGCGGCUCAAAAGACUUCUGCAAAAAUCUCUUGGACCGUCCCGACUGCCACGGAUAACUCGGGGGUUCCUCCUGGUGUCACGGCAAAGAUACAAUCUUCCGGAAGAUCUGCCAGGGAGUUGAAACAACAUCCUCCGUUGUGGCUAGAAGAAGGACAACAUUUCGUCACCUACACUGCAGAGGACAUGGGCGGCAACAGCGCCACAUGUGAUUUCUCCAUAAAUGUCAUAGUUACGAGGUGUAGAAGACUGGGGAGCCCAACCAAUGGAGCAACAAUACCAGCUACAUGUGCCGAGCUUCGUGGAUCAAAAUGCCAAUUCACGUGUGACCAAGGCUAUGAUCUGAUCGGUGCAGACGAGGUUACGUGUCAGGAUGACAGCACAUGGUCCCACCCUCCACCAACAUGUCAAGUUGUAAGAUGCCCCUCAUUAAAUCCUCCUGCCCACUCAACAAUGUCGGGAUGUGUCAGCCCGACUUCUGAACCGUACGGAAAAGUCUGCUUCUUCAGAUGUAUAGCAGGAUACUCCCGGAAGUCUGGAGCUACAUCUCGGCAGUGCAUGAACGACGCUACGUGGUCGGGAAGUGAACUACAAUGUGAAGUAACUAAGUGUCUCGGUUUGCCUGAACCAUUGCACGGCACCGUUACCCCUACAUCCUGUUCCUUACCAUCGGAGUACGGCACCGUCUGUUCUUUUUCGUGCCAGAGUGGGUUUGAGGUUGUCGGCCCUUCUGUGAAGACCUGCCUGUACACAGGCAUUUGGUCCAACCAGGCAAUCUCCACCAUUUGCCAAGAUACACAAGUACCCCAGUUCCAUGGAUGCCCUCCAGACCAAUAUUCUAGCGCAGGACCUGGAAACGUGGAUGUUGAAGUAACGUGGAGAGAGCCGACUGCAAUGGACAAUUCAGGAACACCCCCUACUGUAUCUCUUGUGGAAGGAAAAGCAUCAGGAUCACGGUUUCCUGAAGGUACACAUAACAUCAGGUACACAGCAGCAGACGCAACGGGCCUGGCAACGGAUUGUUCGUUCAGGAUCGAUGUGAACGUUGCUUACUGCUCCAAUAUGGCCUCUCUGGCACGGGGUAAAACCAUCUGUAACCAUAGCGACAGACGGUAUGGAACAACCUGCCAGUUUUCCUGCAACCCUGGCUAUAAACUUGUUGGUGCCAGCACGACCGUUUGCACUAAAAUGACGGGAAACAAUGCGCAAUGGUCAUCCCCUACCCGAACAUGCGAAGUUGUGACCUGCAGCGCACUGCCAGGACCAGUCAAUGGCCGGAAAUUUGGCUGCAACAAGGCCGAGGAAGACUUCGGAGCGGUGUGUAGCUUUUACUGUAAUGAAGGGUACAGCCCAAAAUCUCCCCAUCAGCGAAUCUGUUUGGAGAAUGGAACCUGGUCCGGGACGCCAUUAGCUUGUGAAAUUGAUGCUUGCCCACCUCUGAUGUCACCCAAACACGGAAAGUGGACGCCUGGGAAAUGUUCAAUCAACCCACUUUAUGGCCAGCAGUGCUUCGCGACCUGCGAUGCCGGGUACAGUUUGAUUGCUGGGACUCGAUGGAACAAGUGUCUCGAUGGUGGCCAUUGGCAAUAUGAUAGUCUCAUUGACUGUAAAGAUGUGCAUAAGCCAGUGUUCUAUGACUGCCCAGCUGACUUUCACGUUACUGCAGACGGCGGAUCUACAACUGUGAACGUAACCUGGAUAUCUCCAACAGCAACAGAUAAUACAGACUUGCAGGCUCCACGAUUUUCCACAUGUCCAUCGGACCUAGUUUUGUAUGCUGACAAGGGAGAGGCAUUCACAGUUGUCACAUGGACAGAACCGACAGCAAACGAGAAUGUCACGCGAAUGCAAGGUCCACCUCCAGGAAGUAUAUUUGCUGAAGGCACGCACACAGUCAUGUACGUCGCAACGAAUUCGGUGGGUUUGAUCGCCACUUGCAGCUUCAGGGUUACCGUACAAGUUCUGUAUUGCUCAAUGAUAAGCUCACCAAGACGAGGAAGCAUGGCUUGUGACCAUAACGAUGAUAGAUACGGUACGGUGUGUCGAUUUUCCUGUGAGGAGGGCAAUGAACUGGUUGGAACAGCCUCGAUAGAAUGUACGAAGGACGCUAGCAACUCCACACGCUGGACAUCAUCACCACCAACUUGUGCGGUUGUGACAUGUAGGUCAUUAGAUUCACCAGCCAAUGGCACGAAGACAGGAUGUAGUAACACCGAGGAGGAGAUCUAUGGUACGGUCUGCAAUUUUCAUUGUAACGAAGGGUACAGUCCCAAAACCGUUCAACACCGCAGUUGUCAGCAAGACGGGACUUGGUCUGGCACAGAUUUACACUGUGAAAUUGAUACCUGUUCACCUCUGACUGAUCCUCCGCAAGGACACGUGUCUCCUACGGCCUGCACUACUACCUCCUCUGUUUUCAACGAAGACUGUGUCUAUGUGUGUAAUGAGGGCUACUCUUUCGAGGGAAGUUCUCACAGCGUCAAAUGUCUUGACGGUGGUCGAUGGUCGGUUAAUAAAACUGCUAAAUGUACAGCUGUAACUUGCCCAGCCUUGCCACACCCUGUCAAUGGCAUCAAGUCUGGAUGCGAUAAUACGAUUGAGUCCUACAAUACGUCCUGUGGCCUCCAGUGUAACAUGGGGUACAGCCCAAAGAAAGUUCAACUCCGGACAUGUCAGCAGGACGGAACGUGGUCUGGGGAUUCACUGCACUGUACAAUCGAUACAUGUCCGCCAUUAAGAACUCCGCCGAAUGGACAUCUAGCACCUGCUGCCUGUGCCGUAUCGCCAGUGUUUGGUCAAGAGUGCACAUACUCUUGUGACGUAGGCUAUACGCUCACCGGAAAAGAUCAAAGUAUGACAUGUUUGGAUGGUGGUCGAUGGCAGUACGACGAACCUACAUGCAAAUUGGUGACGUGCUCCGGCCUGGCAACACCACAACGUGGGACCAUCAGCCCACAGUCUUGCAAGUCAACUGCGGACUAUAAUACAGUGUGCUCCUUCAACUGUGACAGCGGCUAUCAAGUCAGCGGCCCCUCUCAGAAGACCUGCAGGCAUACUGGCCUUUGGACUGACGAAGGCACCUCAACAACAUGCAUAGAUGCCACGGGGCCAGAAUUCACAAGCUGCCCAACUAGCCAGAUACUAGAUGCGGCCUCAGGCAAAAUAAAUGCUAUAGCUACGUGGACUUUGCCAACAGCCACUGACAACUCUGGAACUGCACCAACAGUAGUCCGUGUGGAGGGACCGCCCCCAGGGAGCUCAUUUGAUGAUGGAACUCAUACAAUCAGGUACACUGCCACUGAUGGAGCGGCACACAGUACCGACUGCCUGUUUACAAUACGAGUGAAAGUGCUGUACUGCACCUCCUUGGUGUCUGCAACGAGUGGGUCGAUGACUUGUGACUAUGGUGACAGACGUUUUGGAACAACAUGUACAUUCACUUGUAACUCCGGAUACCGCAUGGUAGGGUCAAGCACUACCGCAUGCAGCAAAGAUGUCAGCGGUGGUUCACACUGGACAUCAUCCGUGCCAAUUUGUCAAGUUGACAACUGUCCAUCAUUAAGCAAUCCAACCCAUGGACAAGUGUCUCCGUCGUCAUGCACAGCGAGUCCUUCUGUCAAUCAAGAAUGUACGUUCGUAUGCAACACUGGGUACACCUUGUUCGGGACAGGUGUCAACAGGUGUUUGUCCGGUGGCACCUGGCAAAAGGCCCAUACAACAACGUGUGAAGAUGUAGACAAACCGGUUUUCCACAACUGCCCUGGCGACAUCCAGGCAACUGCAGGCGCGGGUUCAUCGGUGGCCCAUGUUACCUGGACCAUUCCAACUGCGACGGAUUCCACAGGUACGUCUGUCCAUGUCACUGCGUCAGGAGUGCGUUCAACGUUCGGGGAAGGUUCACAUGCCAUCAGCUACACUGCAACAGACAAUGCCGGAAAUGUUGCAAGGUGCCAGUUUGCUGUCAUCGUCACAGUAUAUCGAUGUGCAACUCUAUCAUCGCCCACCAAUGGUCAAAUCCAAGGCUCCUGCAGUAACCUGCGCGGGAGCAGCUGUACUCUGGGCUGUCGUCCGGGAUACUUAACCUCCGGAUCCACAACUAGAACAUGUGUCUUCAAUGCUUACUUGUCUACCACCUACUGGGACGGCACUACAACUAUCUGUCAAAAACCUGCACCAGGGUGUCCAACCGUCUACAUCUCCGGGUCAACCACUGUCCAAACUAGCCUCAUGACGUCCUACACGAGGACGGCAAAUACGAAUGCUGAACGCGCAGUUUACUCAAGUGACAGCACCAACGAUUACCUCUACUUUUACGAAGAUAACGCUCGAGAUAUUCGGCGAUGGUGCAUCGGUCCUACCAUUGGGCAGGAAAGGGGUUCGGCUUACGUUACAGCUGUCCACUUUAAUCCAGAGGAUAUCGAUGGAACCUGGAUAAUGUGGGGGCAGCUGUCUUGGCAACCUUUUUCACAAGUUCGAUGCAGCUGCUAUGACCGCUCCCCGGGCUGCUCUACCAUCCGUAUUGCUGGCUCCACAACGGUCCAGACCGACCGAAUGACGUCAUAUACGAUGACGGGUCAGACACUUACCGGGCGCCCUGUCUACGCCAGCGACAGCACCGACGAUUUUCUGUACUUCUACGAAGACUUCAAUGAAUGGGUGGUUGGCCCAACACUCGGUGACGCCUCUCGUGGUGUUAACACUGAAGAUCGCCAUCUAACACCCGAGGAAAUCCUCGAACCAUGGAACCUGUGGACAGGAACUCAAUGGCAGGUCUUCCCCACUGUUGGUGCAUCCUGUUACACUCGUGUUCCUGGGUGUAGUACUAUCCGUGUUGCUGGAUCCAUGUCAUCUCAAACCGGGCGAAUGACUACCUACACAAAGGCUGGCUACACACACGAAGGACGUCCGGUAUACGCCAGUGACACCACAAAUGACUUUCUUUUCUUCUACCGAGAUGUGUUGAACUCGUAUUAUCAGUGGCUCAUAGGACCGACGGUUGGCCGUAUUAUUGCUGGCUUGUAUGUAAAUGACCGUCAUCUCACCGCAGAGGAAAUCUUGGCUACCUGGUAUAUUUUUGAUGGCUCGCAGUGGCAACAAGCUCCUGAGGUCAAGAUCUCAUGUUAUUCUGCUGGCAUAGUAUUCAUCGGGAAACGUUCACUCCACCAGCCGACGUCCCGGAUUCAAGAUCGCUACCCGUUCAUUGCAACAAACAACGAUCGCAGACUACGUGGUCAAUCAGCCGAUGCUGAUCUACCUAGUAGUCCUAGUAAGCACGACGACCAUGCAUUAAGUGUUUUACGAAACGAAGACACUCGAAAUGAACUCACGACUGAAUUCCAGCCAAAAGUCGCCGGUGCAGACUGGCUCAACGUUGGAUCACACUCUAUCCACCGCAGAGACAUCGAGAUUACGUGUCUAGAUGGGAUGGUAUGGCACCACAAAACAAAAACAUGCGGAAUACCUCCUACUAUUGAAGUAACUGGACUGCAAGACAGCUAUGACGAAGGUUCACAUCUGGUAAGGUACACUGCCACAGACCAGUCUGGAAACAAAGCAAAAUGUGAAUUCAACAUUCAUGUCACAGUGCAUCGCUGCAAGAGACUUCCACCCCCAGCGUUUGGCCGUUUCACCAGCACCUGUGACAACUCACAAGACAGCAGCUGCACUGUGGAAUGUCUCCCAGGGUACGAACUCACCGGAUCAUCAGUAAGAACUUGCGUAGUUCAAGACAACGGAACAAUCAGCUAUUGGGACGGUACUGAAACCAGAUGCAAAGAGAGAAGGUGUGACCCACUCUCAGUCCCUGAGCACAGUCGGAUCGUCCCAUCGUCGUGUACUGUCCAGCCAAAAGCCGGUACAGAUUGUCAUUACGGGUGCGAGGAUCACUUUCAACUGGUGGGAGGACACGUCACAGUGAGGUGUAACCAAUCGGGUCAUUGGGAACAGACCACCAGUGGUGUAACACCCAUAUGUACAGAUAUCAAGCCUCCAACGUUGUCUGACUGCCCAGGGGAGAUAACUGUUAAACCCGAUCCGGGAGAGAGGUUCGCUGAUGUAAACUGGGAUGUACCCAUAGCUACUGACAACAAUGGCGUGCCGAGUGUCCUGGUUUCACCAGCCAACUACACACCUCCAGAAAACCUUCCAAUCGGAACUUACAACAUUGAAUACAUCGCUGAAGACUCUGCCGGGCUGACGGCUUCAUGCUCGUUUACCAUACACGUCCGAGACGAAGAGCAACCGAUGAUAACAUGCCCUUCAGAUAUCGAGCAGAGAGUUGGAAGUCAUGAGUUACCUAUUACAAUUUCCUGGGAAGACCCGGAAACAUCGGACAAUUCCGGAGUCCCGCCAACAGUGGAACUUGUGCGUGGAUAUAAGCCCGGAAAGGCAUUUAACCCAGGACAGUGGGAGGUCGCAUAUAGAGCAACAGAUGAUGCCGGAAAUUAUCAGGAAUGUACAUUCAAAGUCUCUGUAAAGGCCUUGGAAUGUAGCCCAUUAAACGAGCCGACUAACGGUGCGCUGACCUGUGGAAACUGGAGUCAAAUCAACGUCUGUAGUCCUCACUGUGAAGAAGGAGCGGUCUUCCCAAACGAUUCUGAGUACCCAAUGUACUAUUGCUUGGACGGGGCAUGGCGCGAAGAACUGCUGCCGCCACCUCUACAGACGAAACCUCCUGUAAUACGUGUCCCGGAUUGUACAAAGCCGUCUCCACCGUCGGCUGUAACAUCCACCACGAAAAUGAAGUUCAUCUACGACGGUGACUGCAAAGACGGCGACGUACAGCUAGAAAUCAAGGAAGCCUUCCUGGUUGCCAUCAAGGCUUCCCCUGUAUGUCAACUCGUGCAGUGUGAGAAGGAAAACAUUUUCGUAAGAUGCGGAACACAUAGGAAACGCUCCCUGCGUCAGAUGUCAAGUAGGAAAAUAAGGCAGUCGUCCGAGGAAGUGACGAUAGCGUUCACAAUUUCAAGCACGGCUGGUAACUACACUAACAACCAAACACAGUCGAGUGACGAUGUGCUUUUCAGCGUGGAAAAUGCAGUCGAAUUGCUCCAGAACGCAACAGAGACAGGGCAGAUGGACAUUGAAAUGGACGGCGUCAAGAUUGAAGCUAUUCAGAAUUAUUUCCAAGUCAGUGAAACACAAAUGUCCUGUCCAUCAGGAAUGGUCUGGACUGAUACAAGGGGAGCGUGCGUCGGAUGUCCUGCAGGAUUCUACUUAAACGAGGUUAACAAGACAUGCACAGAAUGUCCACUUGGAUCAUACCAAGAGCAGAUCAACCAACUAUCCUGUGUUAAAUGUCCAAGAGGAACGUGGACAGAGUCUGCAGCUACGAGAAAUAUAUCUUACUGUAAAGAACUCUGUCAACCCGGAACCUUCUCAUCAACAACCAUGGCGCCAUGUGAGAACUGCCCUAUUGGAACCUAUCAAACCGAAGUCGGCUCCUCUUCCUGCACCAAUUGUCAGCCACAACAGACAACCAACAUAACAGGCUCCACAUCCAGUAACUUCUGCUUUGAGCGAUGCUCCCCUGGCUCUUUUUCCGUUAACGGACUUGCACCAUGUACACCAUGCCCAAGAGGACAAUACCAACCUGAAAGUCAAAGAACAUCGUGCCUUAAGUGUCCGAUGGGGUAUUCAACGACAUCCAAUGGCUCCAAGAGCAGCAAGGAAUGUUUCAAUGUUGACGAGUGCUCAUCCUUCCCAUGUGCUAACAAUGGCACUUGCCUGGACAGAAUAAACGGCUACAUAUGCCAGUGUCCUGCAGGAUUCGGUGGUGACCUCUGUGAAGAAACCAUCAACGAAUGUUCUUCGAACCCUUGCCUCAACGGACUUUGUUUAGACGGCAUCUCUGGCUACACCUGCAGCUGUACAGCUGGGUUUACUGGCCAUGAUUGCUCAACGAAUAUCGAUGAUUGUGAGUCCAACGACUGUUCAAACGGAGCAACCUGUGUGGAUGGCAUCAACGAAUACAGAUGCAGUUGCUUAAGUGGCUACACUGGCACCUUCUGCGACGUGGAUAUAGACGAAUGUGCGUCUAACCCAUGUCUUCAUGGAGGCACGUGUACUGACAGCGUCAAUGGCUACGUCUGCCGCUGCCGGUAUGGCUACACAGGGACACUGUGCGAGGUUAACAUUGAUGACUGUGACCUCUCGCCCUGCGUCAACAAUGGAACAUGCAUUGAUGGCGUCGGCAACUACACAUGCGUCUGUACCAGUGGAUUUACCGGAGAAAACUGCGAAAACAACACCAACGAAUGCUCUUCGUCACCAUGCACUAACAACGGCACAUGCGUUGACUUGGCUCCCGGUUUUGUAUGUGAUUGUGCCCCGGGCUAUGCAGGUAACAGGUGCGAGGAACAAAGCAACGAGUGCGAGUCCUCUCCGUGUCAGAACAUUGGUACCUGUGAAGCUCUGUUUGGCUCCUACACAUGCCACUGUAGUGUUGGAUACACGGGAGUGAACUGCGAAACAGUAAUUGACUUUUGUGCAAGUUUCCCUUGUUCCAAUGGCGGGAACUGCUCAAACGUACAGACGGAUUUCAGUUGUGAGUGCCCGCCUGGUUACGACGGGUUAACGUGCGAAACAGAGAGAGAUGAAUGUGAUUCUUUGCCUUGCAAAAACGGAGGCACUUGUUUAGACGUGGUAAACGGGUACACAUGCCAAUGCCAGAAGGACUACACAGGCACAAACUGCGAGUCUACUCCCAGUCCAUGUGCGUCUGGGCCAUGCCAUAACGGAGCCAACUGCACCGACAUGUACCCAGACUACCUCUGCAGCUGCUCUGCUGGUUUCACCGGCUCAACCUGUAACAUCAAUGUCCCGGAGUGCUCUUCUAACCCGUGUCAGAAUGGAGGGUUGUGUACCGAUGGAAUUGAUUCAUUUUCAUGUCGCUGCUUAUCUGGAUUUGAAGGAGAAGUCUGUCAAAUACAAAAGAACGAGUGCGAAGACCCCAUGUGUGAAAAUGGCGGGACGUGUAUCGACACGUACGGAGCAUUUGAAUGUGACUGCCCACCUGGCUUUAACGGGUCUCGCUGUGAGAACAACAUUGAUUAUUGCGUGGAUCACAACUGCAACAACGGUGCCGAGUGCGUGGAUGGAGUAGCGUCUUACAGCUGCAGCUGUCAAGUCGGUUACGAAGGCGAAUGGUGUUCGGAGGAGACAGACGAAUGCUCAUCAAAUCCGUGCGUUGCUGCCCUAUUUUGUCAGGAUCUCCACAACGCCUACCAUUGUGAAUGCGAGACUGGAUUCAUCGGGGUGAAUUGUGAGAUCAACGCGGACGACUGUGAGAACGUCACCUGUUUUCACGGUGGGGAAUGUGUGGACGGAGUUGCGUGGUUCACAUGCAACUGUCCGGACGGAAUCACAGGGGACCUGUGCCAAACAGACGAAGAUGAAUGUUUGUCAGGUCCGUGUCAAUCGUCUGGUACGUGUGUCGAUGGAAUGAACAGUAACACCUGUCUGUGCUCUACUGGCUACACCGGCACCAACUGCGAGCUUGACGUUGAUGAAUGCAUCACUUCACCGUGUGAAAAUGGAGCCGUCUGUACAAAUUAUGUUGGAAAUUACAGUUGUACCUGUUUGGAGGGCUACACAGGUCAGCACUGCAAUAUCAAUGUAGAUGACUGCCCAAUGACGACCUGCUACAACAAUGGCACCUGUGUGGAUAAGUUAAACGGCACUCUUUGCCUUUGUGUAACGGGAUUUACAGGGGAAUUCUGCCAGGUUGAUAUUGAUGACUGCCUACCUGAUACUUGCAAUAACGGGGGAACUUGCGUUGAUGGUGUCAACAAUGUAACCUGUCAGUGUGCUCCGGGAUACGAAGGAGAUUACUGUGAAUUGGAUAUAAACGAAUGUUCCAGUCUUCCCUGUCAGCACGGCGGCAACUGUACCGACCGUAUCAAUGACUACACGUGUUCCUGCCACGCUGACUUCACUGGAAAAGAUUGUAACAUCAGCGUCACCGGCUGCUCUCAGGAUUUGUGCAAAAACGCAGCAACCUGUAAAGAAAUUGUUGGAGGUUUCUUGUGUAUCUGCAAGCCUUCAUUCACAGGAACCUUGUGUGAAACAGAAUUGUCAUCCGAGUUCGACAUUUUUCUGAACGGUGGGGACGACAGCUAUGCAAGUACCGACUACAACAUUCCGGACAUGGACGCAUUUACACUGGCCUUUUGGAUGCAGACUACAGACCGUACUAACUACGGAACACCAUUCUCCUAUGCUACGAAUGGUGACAACGCAGGGAGCGACAACGCCCUGACCAUAUCCGACUACACGGGCUUCACGCUGUUAGUAAACGGCGAGGCUGCCUACACGGGUAUCGCCAUUAAUGAUGACAACUGGCACCACAUCACAAUAACAUGGGAGAGUGUACUUGGCCAGUGGACGGCUUUCUAUGAUGGAGUAAAAGUCCAAAGUGAAGAAGGGCUUCAAGCAGGUGCCAUUAUACCUGGAGGAGGUUUGGCCAUUGUAGGACAAGAACAGGACUUUUUCGGUGGUGGAUUUAGCCCUGACGAGGCCUUUAAAGGUCACCUACAUGGACUGAACUGGUGGAGUAGAGCCUUGUCUGACAGUGAAAUUUCGGAGCUAGGAGCUAGCUGUAACCACACCGCCCGGGGUGACAUCCACACUUGGGCUGAUUUCGUGCCCAACAGCGAAGGAAAUGUAAAGGUGUCAAAUGUGUCCCUAUGCGAUGACACAAAAAAGUGCGCAUCCUCACCUUGUAUCAACAACGCGACGUGCACAAGCUUCCGUGCUGGUUAUGAGUGUGCAUGUUCUCUAGGAUUCGGGGGAAAGAACUGCGAGAUCGACGUUGACGAUUGUUUUGACGUCAUUUGUCAACAUGGUGGAACUUGCGUCGACAAGGUCGAUGGAUACGAAUGCACCUGUGCGAUUGGAUUUCACGGAAGGAACUGUGAGCUAGAAGUAAGCACCUGCAGCCCAAACCCGUGUCAAUAUGAUGGAGAGUGUACCGAGAAGGAAUUUGGCACUUACAACUGCUCUUGCAGGCCGGGCUACUUAGGCACCGACUGUGACGUUGAACUCAACGAAUGUGCGUCCGAUCCUUGCUUCAACGAUGCUACCUGCGUCGAUCUGGUUGACAAUUACUACUGUGAUUGUCCUUACGGCUUCUUCGGGAAAGACUGCAACGGAGAAAUAGACUACUGCGACCCAAAUCUCUGUCAACAUGGCGGAACAUGCAUACCCAUACAGAACGAUUACAGAUGUUCGUGUUCGGUGGGCUACAUGGGCUACAACUGCGAGAUCGACAUCGAUGAAUGCGAGGGAGUAACGUGCAUGAACAGCGGCACGUGCGUGGACGGUGUCGCGUCCUACAACUGCGCUUGUGCUCGAGGCUUUACCGGCUCUCACUGCGAGACAAACAUCGACGAAUGUGAAGCUAUAGUCUGUCUCAAUGGCGGCACCUGCGUAGAUGGCAUUGGCUCAUUCACUUGUGAUUGUCCCGCAAGUUUUACGGGUACAAUGUGUGACCUGUUUGAGAUACACGUUGGCACUGAGGGACCGAAUCAACAAAGUGAUGACAUCGUCGGUUCUUCGGAGAAAUCUGUAACAGACAUCGUCACUGUUGCAUCAUCAAUACCAAGUGAUGUCAGCAACGCUUUCGCCAGUCCUCCAUGGUAUAUUGCAGGGAUUUCAAUCGGCGCCAUUGUACUUCUGACAGCUGUUAGUACACUCGUCUGGAAAAAAUGCAGGGGAAUAAAAGUAAAGAGGACCAAUGAGAGCAGCGCACACAGGUAUAUGUUGUCACGACGUUCGGCAGUCAGUCCAACCACAGAUGACUUCACAACUAUGAACAAAAUGCACCAUGCUGAGAAAACCAACAUUCUGUUCAACCCCUUCGUCAAAGGAAAAGGAGGGAGUGUGUUACCUGAAGACUUCAAAACCGAGGAAGUCUCAGAGAAAAGGCACCGCGCGGAGAAAGUCAACCCUUUGCUCAAUCCUUUCGUUGUACGCAAAGGACUAAACCCGCUGGCUGCGUGGGACACAUCAGAUGUGUAGUGCCCUUGGGUAAGAGGGAAGUGUGACCUGCCCUCUUGCUGCUGCAUU